AUGUCGGGUCAAACGGCCAUCGCCACACUCCAGGCCUUUUUGGACGCCGCCAACGAAAGAAAGUGGGAUGAGAUCCAUGGAUUUGUUCUGCCAUUCGUCAUCUACAAUGGGGAGCGCGAAACCAGGGACCGCUUUAUCCGUCGCAUUGCCGAGAAUACCAAGGGAGGUGAAGUUAAACUCCGGGUUGAUGGGUUGACAAUCGAGGAGGGCGCAAAGUCUGUGGCCGGCCGCCUGGUUGCCACGGCCAAAGAUGGCCAAGGAACUACGUUCGAGGUUUGGGAUGCGAUAAUCUUGUCUGUGGAAGACGGCAAGAUUUCUCGCUUCGAUCAGAUCCAGUCGGAGAUAAGCCGCAACCUCCGAUUAUCGAACUUGCCAGCCUUCACCACCAAGCCCUCGAAGAAUCCAUUGUCGGCGACUGAACUCAGACAUGCUUAUAUGAGAUACAUACACGACGUCAACGCCCGCUGCAUACAUACCAACGUACCCGAACACUUUGCCGAGGAGGUCGCAGGAACAGGCCGGCUACUGGAUUAUGAACAGAUGAGGGCCUUAUUCGUGAAUAUCCUUCAGCCCGCGACAGCAGGACUCACUUACGUCGUGGAAGAAAUGGUGGUUGAUGCCGAGAAGCAGCAACUGGCUGUUAAGCUCUCCAUGCAAGGGGUUCCCGAGAACGAACGUCUCCGAGAGCACUUCGGAGGCGGCGAAGUCAAGCUGCCUGAGAUCGCCAUGUAUGGUUUCACUGAUGGAAAGAUAUCCAUUCUUGGUGGCGCGACGCCCACUGGGUUUUUACCCAAGCAAACGGCGUUGUAG